AUGAAAUACCCAGAUGCACCUGGUCCGCUACUUGCGCGAUUCACAAACAUGUGGCAGACGUACAAGAUGGCAAAAGGCAAUUUUCAUCACGACAAUAUUAAAAUGCAUGAUGAAUAUGGCAAAAUCGUUCGAACCGGUCCCGACUCUUACAGCAUCAACGACCUAGCGGCAGCCAAGAUCAUCUAUGGCCAUGGCACACGUUUCACAAAGUCUGAUUGGUAUCGGGUGUGGGAUGUUCCUUUUGACAUUCAUGAUGUCAAUCUCUUCGCACAACAGAAUAUCGAGCAACACGCUACCGCACGUCGACGCUACGCCAAUCUCUAUGCCAUGUCUACCCUGGUCGGCUACGAGCCUCAUGUGAACGACUGCAUCCAAGUGCUAUGUACAGAGCUGGCCGACUGCUGCAAGACUGGAGAGAACCUUGAUAUGGGAAGGUGGUUUCAGUAUUAUGCAUUUGAUGUGAUCGGGUCCAUAACGUUCUCACGGCCCUUUGGUUUCAUGAAAUCCAAGACAGAUGUCCACGGCCUCAUAGCAGCCCUUGGCAACACCCUCGAAGUUUUUCAACUAGUGGGAAUGUUCCCUGCUAUUAUACCCAUCCACACCUGGCUGAUGUCGGCGAUGAGCAAAAGCAGCAACAAAUUGCUGGUAUUCGCCAACACAUGCAUUAACGAGGCCAAGAAGAAUCUGCUACAUGGGAUUGACGACGAAUCCGAGAUUCUGAAGCAGGUGCAGACGCCGCCGGACUUUUGUUCCAAGCUACUGGCAAUGGCGGAUAACCCAGACAGCAAGAUACGUGGAGGCCUCGCCCCCGACCAGCUUGUAAUAGGCUCAUGCCUGGCGAACAUCUUUGCAGGAAGCGACACGACUUCAAUAACGCUCACUGCGACAUUGUUUGAAAUAUUAGCACGACCAGAGGUGCUUGUCAAGCUGCGCGCAGAGCUCGAUGAGGCAUCUACCCAUGGUCAGCUGAGCGAUCCCCCAACAUUUCAAGAGACACAGCGGCUCGCCUACCUACAAGCCACCUUGAAGGAGGCUCUUCGUAUACAUCCUGCCACGGGGUUACCUCUCUGGAGGCAGGUCCCCUCAGGCGGUGUGACGCUAUGCGGAACAUAUUUCCCCCCCGGCACAAACGUCGGAGUGAAUUCGUGGGUGGCGCAUCAGAAUCAGGAGAUCUGGGGCUCCGAUGCCCACACAUUUCGUCCAGAGAGAUGGAUCGACGCUCCAGAAGAGAAAUUGCGUGAAAUGAACGCAUUCUUUAUGCCAUUCGGGCUGGGAUCACGCACUUGUAUUGGCAAGAACAUCAGUCUGCUGGAAAUCUCCAAAGUCAUCCCUCACCUGAUCAGGAAAUUUGAUUUGAGCUUGGAAAAUCAUACGCUCCCUGCAAGGUGUGCUUGGUUUGUUAAACCGCACAAUUGUAUGGUAUCAAUUCGCAUGAGAGGGCAGUGA